GCCUGCUACUGUGUAUUUCUGUAGGACACGCUUUCAAUGCCUGGAUGUACUCACGGACAGUUGCAAGGAUAAAUAUAGCAAGAGCAGUCUCAGCAAAUGGUUGUGUGUUUGUUCCGUGGUAUGGGAGCUGCUGAACCCCUUAGUUCCAGCGUGGCCGUUUGACAAAAACAGGCAGCUAAAGUGGAACGCUGUCUCAAUGCGCGUGUUCAGCAGUUGGCUCAUGAAGAAAAUAGACGCUAGACGUCGUUUCAGAUGACUUGAGAGGUGUUUGUUUAACUUUAGCUUUCUCGCCUGACGAUGACCAUACUGUAUAGAUUAACACGGCAGAAACUCUCUUUCGACUCAAGAUGACCGUGACUUACUCCAGCAAGGUAGCCAAUGCGACGUUCUUCGGGUUUCACAGACUGCUUUUGCGGUGGAGAGGCAGCAUCUAUAAACUGCUGUACCGCGAGUUUCUCGUCUUUGUAGGGCUGUACACCGCGUUGAGUAUCAUCUACAGAUUUUUUCUUUCAGAAAAACAAAAACGUUACUUUGAAAAGGCAUCUCUUUACUGUGAUAAAUAUGCUGAGCAAAUCCCGGUAACGUUUGUGCUGGGUUUCUACGUGACGCUGGUGGUGAACCGCUGGUGGAACCAGUUUGUGAACCUGCCCUGGCCGGACCGGCUCAUGUUCCUGGUCUCAGGCAGUGUGCAGGGCAGGGAUGAGCACGGCCGGCUCCUGCGCAGGACCCUGAUGCGCUACGUCAACCUCACCUCUCUGCUCAUCUUCCGCUCUGUCAGCACGGCCGUCUGCAAGCGCUUCCCUACCAUGGACCACGUGGUCGAAGCAGGGUUCAUGACUCCCGAGGAGAGAAAGAUUUUUGAAAACCUCAAGUCUCCCCAUCUUAAAUACUGGAUUCCGGUGGCAUGGUUUGUGACCCUGGUGAACAAGGCGCGGAAGGAGGGGCGGAUACAGGACAGCGUGGACCUGCAGACCAUCAUGAUCGAAUUGAAUAAGUUUAGAUCGUGGUGUUCUACCCUAUUCGGUUAUGACUGGGUCGGCAUUCCUCUUGUAUACACACAGUAUCAUUGCAUAUCCCCUGUGAAGCUCACUGCUGACCCCUGCCCUGCUCUCCAGGUCGUCACUCUAGCAGUGUACACCUUCUUCUUUGCCUGUCUGAUAGGACGUCAGUUCUUGGACUCCAAGCAGGGCUAUGCAGGUCAUGACCUCGACAUGUACAUCCCUGUCUUCACUCUCCUGCAGUUCUUCUUUUAUGCAGGCUGGCUGAAGGUGGCUGAGCAGCUUAUAAACCCCUUUGGAGAAGAUGACGAUGACUUUGAGAUUAACUGGUGCAUAGACAGAAACCUGCAGGUUUCCCUUCUGGCUGUGGAUGAAAUGCACAUGAACGUGCCGAGGAUGCAGAAGGAUAUCUACUGGAACGACUCGGAUGUGCGUCCGCCGUACACUCUAGCAGCGGCCGAUUACUGCAUCCCGUCUUUCCUGGGCUCCACCAUCGACAUGGGACUGUCUCACAACGUGUUCCAGCAGCAGGAGAAUGCUGAGACGGAGGAGCUGAAGCAGCGGUGUCAGGAAUCAGUCCUGGGCAGAGUGCGGAGGAUACUCAGUGUCCAGGAGCCCCUGAACUCCGCCCUGCACAGACCCUCCUUCUAUAGGAGGAGCAGCGAGCUGUCCAGCGUCUUCUUCCCCCUUGGGGACCACGUCCCCCAUGCCCACCGGCCCUUCUUCGGCAUGGAGGAGCGGGGCCACAGAACACAUCGCUCUGGCUCCCGGGACGGCAACAUGGCGCUGAACAUGGACCACCUGUCCACCCUGAGAGAGACGAGCAGCCCCGACUCCCCCGCCACGCAGCCCUCCUCCCCGGUGUUCGAGGAAGUCCCCGUGGUCAUCAUCACCCCGCCUGACACAAACACAGACACAAUCGCUGGCUCAUCGCCCGGCAACCGGAACACACACAACAACAUGGAGGGUGUAGGACUAGACGAGGAGAAGGAAGCGGCACGGCCACCACAGGGCAGAGCGGGGUCCGGGACGCCCCCGGAGAACACACCCGAGGGUUCGGGGGUGAGAGAGCACGUGAAAAAAUCCUCCUCCAACAACAGGUGGAGCGUCCCCCUGCUCAAGAAGACAAGGAAGAACCGGCGGCUCUCCAGUCAGCACUCGAAGGAUUCUCUGCGCAGUCUGCCGAGCCCCAAGCCGCUGCCGGAGAGGAGGCGUCUCUAUGGGGCUGACUAUGAUGCUGCUGCUGAGUCUCUGCCAGCGAGGGACGUAAACAAAGCAGGGCUGCGGGAGACUGAUCUCUUAGAGUCAACCAGCGAAGAGAAUAUCGAUCAGACAAGAGAUUAACGGCAUUAAACCACAGUGCUUACUCUGAAUGACCUUUAUCUGAGUUAGCUCACCCAUUAUCAAGAUAUACUCGGUCAUGUGUUUAAGGCCUACUUCAGUAAAAGACCUCACAUUCUUGUCUUUGCAAGUCUCUUCAGUUACACAAUAAGAUGCCAUUCAAAAUGAUUCACUUUUUAUGAAAGCCUACACCUGGGAGGUGGGGGGUUUGUGGAGUGUAGGUUUUUGUAUUUCUUUUAUAGAGCUUGAAAUAUUCACAUGCCUUCCUGAAACAGAAGUACAGCCACCAGAGAUGUCGCUCUGUGAUAUUUUACUUAUGCUUGAGAAAAGGUAUCCUGUUGGCACACGUUUCAUUCACACAGAGCACGGGGGAGUAAAGAAUGAAAAAGGCAAUGGAUAGUCUCAGUGUCUAUGUUUAAAACGUUAUAGUGUGUAUCAUGGACGAUAACUUAAAUGGCACAUGGUAUACAGUCCCACUUACCAUUACAUUAAAGUGUUCAAUUACAAAAAAAUGUGUUUUUAUUUGUUGGAAACCUCUCCAAAAAGCAGAUAGAACUUUGUACUGUACGGUGGUAUUUGCACGGCUGACAUGUAGAGCAUAAGAAAGAUCACAGGGGUUUACUGUGUAUGACUGGACAGGCAUCAAACCUGGUUCUCAAUGAGUCAUCAUGUGUGGUGAGGCUGGGAGCUUAAAACCACACAACAUAACUUUACAAUCUUCAUUAUUCAUCAGCAAGGGCAGGAACUGUAUCUCUGUGUGCAGGGCAGCAGACUGGGUUUUGGGAUGCAAGAAUAAAAUAAACACACACAC